UCGCCUGCUGCUGACUACACAAUCCAACAUGGAGUAAUGAGAGAUGGGGCUCCUCACCGAGACCAGCGCGCAGACUUCAGCCACACCGAGGCGAAAAACCAUCGGUAUGAUGCACGGAGCCAGAAUGACAGACCUUUUGACCAGAUACAAUGCACCCGUUUAAGGAUAAAGUGCGGUGCGCGGAGAAGGGACGAACAUAAGCAACGCCGAAACGGAUUUGGGGGAAAACUCGUUGCGCUGGACUUUAAAAAAAAAGGCGAGGAGGAGAACUAAGACGACAUGAAGCCCGAACGAUGCGUACCCGCGGAGGGAUAUUAUUAUUAUUGUAGGUGAAACGAGGUGGAAAAUGACUGAGGAAUCGCAACCAGACGAUGACAGUUAUAUAGUGCGAGUGAAAGCGGUGGUGAUGACGAGAGAUGAAUCUAGUGGGGGUUGGCUGGCUCAGGAGGGUGGAGGCCUCAGUCGUGUGGGCGUUUGUAAGGUGGUCCCGGUUGACCUGGAGCUCCUGGGACGGAACGGCUUUCUCAUAUAUGGCGAGAGACUCAAAGACAAGCAGGCAAUCCUGCAGUGCUCUCUGAAGAAGGACCUGGUCUACACUAAAGCCACGCCCACCUUCCACCAUUGGAGGGUGGAGAACAGGAAGUGCGGGCUGUCGUUCCAGAGCCCCGCUGACGCCAGGGCGUUUGACCGUGGUGUGAGGAAGGCCAUCGAGGACCUCACGGAGGGAUCUACUACAUCCUCCUCCACACUGCAGAAUGAGGCUGAACUGGGUGAUGAUGAUGUGUUCACGAACGCCACAGACAGCUCAUCCAACUCUUCUCAGAAGAAAGAGACAUCCAUGCAGACGCUCGCACCAAUCAGCUUCUCUGAGCCGCACCAUUGCAUCCUGGGACAUCUCUACGACCAGCACAGGCACUCUGACCGUUACUACCUGGACCAGCCGGUGCCCAUAUUCCCUUGUUCACGUCACGUCAGGUUUCACGAGGAGGAGGAAGAGAUCGUUCGGAUCAACCCCCGCGAACGCUCUUGGCUAACGGGCUACGAGGACUACCGCCACGCCACCACUACGACACGCGACAAACCUCUGCGGCCGGACGGCACGGACGCUUACGUACUCCUCACGAAGAGCGAACCACCCAAACACGACUACACUUACACUUACCCACUCAGUGGGGAUGGGCACGUGACCCGCGGGAGCAAAACAGGCAUCGGCGGGGGCGUGGUCACUGGGCAGCCCCGGCCGCUGACGGCGAAAUGGCUGCCACGACGCGUGGACGACGGAAGGGAGCGCUUGCGGUGUGUCUACUGCCAAACCAUGUUCAGCCCAGCGGAAAACGGGCGAGGACGCUGCCAAGAAGCUCCGGACCCCGUGCAGACGUGCAUUCGGCGGGUGAGCUUCAUGUGGUGCGCAGACAGCCUCCUUUACCACUGCAUGUCGGACCCUGAGGGCGACUAUUCGGACCCGUGCUCGUGCGAUGCCAGCGAAGAGCGUUUCUGUUUGCGCUGGCUGGCGCUUCUGGGACUGUCGCUUCUAGUGCCCUGCAUGUGCUGCUACGUGCCGCUUCAAGCAUGCUACCGCUGUGGCGUCGCAUGCCACUGUUGCGGCGGGAAGCACAAGGCCGCUGGGUAAGCGGCGAAUAAACUCCUGCAUUUGUUGAUUUUCCUUCCCGCUGUGUUUCAGAGGGUCGGUCCAUUUACGUUUUUUUGCCUCAUGUUAAUUGAACUGGACAGAGGUCCAGGUUUUCAUUUUUAUUUGUAUUUUUAUUUGAGUAACCCUCAGCUUCCAUUUAAAAGACUACACGAUAAAUAUUCGUUUAUAUAUGAAAAGUAUAUAUAAAUAUAUGUAGAUAUAAAUAUAUAAAUCCAGGUACUUUAUAUUUUUUAUGCUCUGCUUUGAACGUUUGAGUUGUGUUCCCCGCGUCUGUAUGUAUGUUUGGUUUUUAAUUUUUUCGUCACUGUUCGUCGCUGUGUCUCUUCAGUCAGAGGCAUCUGUUCUAACUGUGAUAUACGUCCACUAGACUAGACAAAACCAGAGGAGUCCAAAAUAGCUGACCUGUAGGAUGGAAGAUCACGUGCGUGUUUGUGUGAGGUGUGAUGUGAACUUUUUGUCAAUUUGCGAAUUUUAAUUUGCUGUAUGAAAGAUGGUAAACACAUUGCUGCACAAGUGUGUGCGUGUCUCACAGGAACAUGUUACAUUUCACUCCAGCAAUCAAUAGAAAAAAUAUUAUGUAUUUAGUUAAAUGAAAACGAGCAUAUUUUAAGAACAUUAAUCGUUUGACAGCCCUAUUAAAAUACAGCAAAGCAAAUAUUAAUCACGUCCAGAAUCAAAGUGUGUGUACUGUGCAUAUUCAUUUUGUAUUUAUAAACACGAAAACACACUUACAUGUUUUAUCAUAUACAUGAAACAUUAUUAUUCAAUUAUUCAUUUGUGAUAUUUUUCUUAAAUACAAUAUUAAUAUGCACAGUACACAGAAAUAUAUGAUGUUAACACAAACUUUCAUUCUGGAUGCGAUUAAUCGCCAUUUAUCAUUUUAAAGCCCUAAUUCUUAUUGAAUCAUUUAAUCAAAACCUUUCAAAUUAUUACAAUAUCGCAAUUCACUUUAAUCUCAGUGGAUAUUUUCUUUACUGUAAUACAGUAUUUUGUGUCUAUAAUCUGUGUAACAUAAAGAUGCAACCAUGUAAUGUAAUGUUUUUUGCAUUAUGGUCAAAAGGAUUUGGGUGAAUGUGCUUCAAUGUCAAAAAAUGUUAACGCUCAUAAAAGACAUUUUUUUUUAGAUAAUAUAUAUAUUUGCUUUUAAUUUUGGAGUGAAAUGUGACAUGUUGUGAGAUUCUCCUGUAUGUGUUAUUCAGAAUGUAUGUGUCCGUUAUCAAUGUUUAAAAACAGCCUCAAAAUUGAUGUACCCUUCCUACAGGAUGAAAACAAGAUGUCUUUUCUCUGCCUUUGUCUUAAGCACAACACAAACUAGUAAAACUAACAAACGAAAAAAAACCCAUCUGAACACUGCAAGUUGUUGUGAAGUUCUCAAAACGUUUCAACCUUCAAACAUCAUCCAGCCAAUCAGUGGACUGUGACAGCAUUGUCAUGCCGACUGUGAUCCUGUUUGUCAUUGGAUGUUUUAUGUUCGGUUUCUCUCUCUAUUUCUCGUCUCUAUUCUCUCCCCCUCAGCUUCUGCAGUAGUACUAUCUAAAGUGUGAGAAAAGAGGAGCAGGAGAAUGAGUUAUCUGUGUGUACGGUGCUCCUCAACACAUUCUGAGAUUAAAGGAAAGUGCCUAAAUCAGAUAAUGCGGUCUUACCUCUUCUGUCCAUCUGGGAUGCGCUGCUGUUUCUGGCUUUUCAUGCUCUUAUUUUGACAUUGUUAAGCUGGCAUCUGGGGUGUGGGUGUUUAUUUACAGAGCACAACCAGAUGUUUGAAUUAUUGUUGAUUCGGGCAGUUGGAUGUCCAGAAAAUUUGACAGUCGUUUGGAUUCUGUAGAACGUAAAGUAUGGGCUCUGAAUGUAAAAAUCUCAUUCACUUUCUCUAUAGACAAUUCAAAUAUAUACACAAUUAGGCUACCAUGAGCUUUGAGGCUCUUUAAUCUAUGUAUUUGCUUUUGUAUAUCGGCAGAUUUGUGUAAUUUUACAACAGCCAACCAGAAAUAUCACUGUUAGCGUACAAACAAAUGGGUAACAAUCUCAAACUUUAUAUAUUAUGUAUAAUAUUUGUAUAUAUUGGAAUACAUUGUUUUAAAAUUUCUAAAUGUCAUUUUUAUACUUGUCAUAAAUUACUUUAAAUUCCAAAUGUA